AUGGCCAUCCCAAAGGUUUUGCUCCUUCCAAUCCUCGGCUGCGCCUUCUUCUGCAGUGCUGCCCUCGCUGCUCGUGACCUGAGCGAUGAGUCAGCCAUGGUGGCAAGGCAUGAGCAGUGGAUGGCGCAGUACAGCCGUGUCUACAAAGAUGCCGCCGAGAAGGCUCGGCGGUUCGAGGUGUUCAAGGCCAAUGUUAAGUUCAUUGAGUCAUUCAACGCCGCUGGGAACCGCAAGUUCUGGCUCGGCGUCAACCAGUUCGCUGACCUCACCAACGACGAGUUCAGGGCCACCAAGACUAACAAGGGCUUCAGACCUAGCCCGGUGAAUGUCCCUACCGGAUUUAGGUACGAGAAUGUAAGCAUCGAUGCGCUACCGGCGACAAUCGACUGGAGGACCAAGGGUGCCGUCACUCCCAUCAAGGAUCAGGGCCAAUGUGGUUGCUGCUGGGCGUUCUCGGCUGUGGCCGCCACAGAGGGCAUUGUGAAAAUCAGCACCGGCAAACUCAUCUCGCUCUCCGAGCAAGAGUUGGUUGAUUGCGAUGUCCAUGGUGAGGAUCAGGGAUGCGAGGGUGGUUUGAUGGACGAUGCCUUCAAGUUCAUCAUCAAGAACGGCGGCCUAACCACUGAAUCCAGCUAUCCUUACACAGCUGCGGAUGGCAAGUGCAAGAGUGGAUCAAACAGUGCGGCGACCAUCAAGGGCUAUGAAGAUGUGCCGGCCAACGAUGAGGCUGCCCUGAUGAAGGCGGUGGCGAACCAGCCUGUGUCGGUGGCGGUGGACGGCGGAGACAUGACAUUUCAGUUCUACUCUGGUGGUGUGAUGACCGGUUCCUGUGGUACUGACUUGGACCAUGGAAUCGCAGCCAUUGGUUAUGGAAAGACCAGUGAUGGGACCAAGUAUUGGCUGAUGAAGAACUCAUGGGGCACGACAUGGGGUGAGAAUGGUUACCUCAGGAUGGAGAAGGAUAUUUCGGACAAGAAGGGCAUGUGUGGUCUUGCCAUGGAGCCUUCCUACCCCACUGUGUAG